CAUGUAGCUAUACAGUAGAGCGCUAUUUUAGUUAUCCGGACAGGUUGGGACUGGAGGGUCUCCAUGCAGAUAACUGGUAUGGAGACUUUAUUACUACAAGUGACUAUCAUUACAUGUGUACAGUAGGAUAUAGUUUGUGUGUACUGUGGCUCUGAUUUUGUGGUCACACGAUGACCAGGUGGCAGAGAUGAGCUGUCCAGAUAAUAGGUGCUCUACUGUAUGUAUGUGUGUAUUGAUGGUGUAUUGUAGAGGUUGGUGUUGGCAUGUGGAGUGGUGUAGCAGCUGCUGUCAAGACAUUUUAUGAAGAACCGGUUUGAGUAGAUGAUCUCAAUAUUUCAUUCAUUCGACGUGAAGUGUCUGUGUCCAGUCGUGUCCAUCACCCCAAUGUCGUAUCCAUCUGUGGAGCUAUCAUCGAGAAUGAAGUUCCUCUUCGUAUUGUCAUGGAGCUUUUGGAAGGAUCACUAAAAGAUGUGAUCAAAGCUGCUUUGAAAAGCAGGUAUCUGUCCAUGAGGGAACAAGUGGAUAUAGCUGUCGGAUGUCUGUGUGGUGUGAUGUAUCUUCACCAGCUGCAGUCUACUCUUCUUCAUGGAGACAUUCGAUCGCUCUACCAACAUUCUCAUCAGCAAGACCAUGGAAGCCAAAAUCGGUGAUCUGGGCUCUUGUCACUUCUCUAACGAGUCACUUUCUGUUGGUCCUCUCAGUCCAGAAUACAUUGCACCAGAACGAGUUGUGGAAGGCCGUGCAAUGGCCACACACAACACAACACAAGCCGACAUGUACAGCUUGGGAGUCACGUUUGUUGAGUUAUUCACAGGAGUUGGUGCAGAUAGGAAAGUACGUGAGAGGCAGUUUCAAGCUGUUCCUUACGUUUCACUGCAGGACAUUUGCUAUGCUAUGGCAGAAGAGAAUCCACGUGAUCGCAUUGCUGCAGCAGCAGCUCUCAUGCAAGUGAAUGCAGUGAAGCAGAAUGAUGAGUACACUUUGUGUCCUCCGAAAAGGAUGGUGAAAGGCAAGAAACGCAAAUCAGACAAAGUGACACUCGUAGAGAUGCCGUGGAUGUGACUUAGGAGCAGAUAAUUGUGAUGUAUUUGUUUGUCUGUUUGUCUCAAUUCGUCCAACUUUUCUGCUUGUUAUAAAUGCAAUAGAUGAUGUUGCAUGUGAGUAGUCUGCUGUGCAAUAUGAGUUGACAUUGAACUUUUUUAUAGUUUAGCAGUCAGUCUCACGGUUUUACAGUUUGUGUUGAUGUGAACUACAGUAAAACGUUUGACUGGAAGUGAAGCUUUUUAUUAAAUGUUGUUUGUCAGUUGUGUA